AAAACUCGAAAUGAAGCAGAACAGUUCAGAUUAACAAUUUCUUUAUGAACAUUGCAUUCAAAUCUAAAAAAGGAAGAAAUUAGACACAUAUGUAGUUGAUAAGACCAUUUAGAUGGGUUAGUUCCCUACAGUUUUUAUAUUUGAUGUCACCCACUAAAAUGUUGAAAUAUAUAAAGUAUGCACUGGCAUGUAAAUCCAGCUGAAACGGUACAUCAUUUAAUUUUAAAGCAGCCUCCUAUGUCAGUCUAGCAUGCAAAAACUACCACUAAAUUGUCUUUCAGUUGGAUUUCAAUUGAUCCGAUCGUUUACGGAUGGCGCAUGAGCAGAUGACAACAACAAAACAGACUAAGAGGGUGUUAGCGUAGUUAGCUAACGACUCCUGAGAUAAACAACUGGUGGUUUCGUCUGGCGUGUCACACCUUCAAUGCCCAGUAUUAGACAUUUGCUCUCUUUUUCCCCCCAGCAAUAUGUUUUAAUCUGUUUAACCAUGGUUCCCAGUUAUCCCAGUGCAGCUCACGUUAGCUAGGCGGCUCGCUAAGCUAGCUCUAUGUCUGCCAAGCUAAAACUGGUUAGCUAGCUAGCUCGGUUGCUAUUAGCUCGUUGGCUAGCUAGCUCGAACGGUCGAAGUGGAGACCCAAGAACGGGGAGAUGCGAGCGAAGUGAGGUUGGCCUUGAAGAUAGGCAAACGCGAAGAGAGGGAGAUUCAACAUGAAGUUGUAUGUGUUCCAGGUCAACAAUGGCAGCACAUUGACAUUUGACACUGAUCUUGCUGUCCAAACUGUACUGGAGCUUAAACAUGCCAUCCAAGCCAAAUAUAAGGUUGCAGUUCAACAUCAAGUCCUUGUUGUCAAUGGAGGGGAAUGUAUGGCUGCAGAGAGGCGGGUCUGCAGCUACAGUGCUGGCACUGAAACCAACCCCAUAUUCCUGUUCAACAAAGAGAUGAUCUUGUGUGACCGGGAUCCAACGAUCCCCAAAACCACCUUCUCGAUUGAGAGUGAGAUUCAGGUUAAAGUAGAGGAGUCUCUACUGAUGCCAGCGGUCUUUCACACUGUUGCCUCGCGAACACAACUUGCUCUGGAAAUGUUUGAAGUUGCCAAGAAACUUUGCUCUUUCUGUGAACGGUUGGUUCACGAUGAACACAUGCAACACCAAGGCUGGGCUGCCAUCAUGGCUAAUCUGGACGACUGCACUUUGUCUUAUCAAAAGUUGCUCGUCAAAUUUGACACUUCGUACACAAACUAUCAACAUGACCUGGAGGAAAUUAAGAUCAAACUCUCAAAGUUAGGGACAUCGGUUUCUGUAAUGGCGAGGAUACCUCUGCUGGAAUGUUUGACAAGACACAGUUACAGAGAGAGCAUGGAGAAGUCAAGUCCGACCCCGGGGAAGGAUUCGGACGAGACGGAAGGAGAAAAAUCCACGGACUCUGUGCUCCGCGGCACCGAUGCACAACGGCCCUCCAAGUCGUCAGCCUCCUCCCCGGCUUCUGGGAGGGCCACGUGUGAGCCACCUGGCAACCAGGAAACAAAAAAAAUGACUGACAGCGGUGGGCUGAGAGCUGCACUUCUAGACGAUGACGACGACGAUGACGAUGACGACGACGAUGACGAGGAUGAUGAUGAUGACGACGACGAUUCUCCAGAGUUCACCAACCCGUCCUGCUUCAAUGUCACACUAUUGGACUGGAUCAAUGUGCAAGACCGACCCAAUGAUGUGGAAUCGGUUGUGAGGAAAUGCUUUGACUCCAUCAAUAGGCUCGACCCUCGUAUUAUUCAACCCUUCCUGACAGAUUGUCGCGACACAAUUUCCAAGCUAGAUAAUCAAAACAUGAAAGCCAUCAAGGGGCUCGAGGACCGGUUGUACGCUCUAGACCAAAUGAUUGCAAGCUGUAAGAAGUUGGUGAAUGAACAGAAAGAACUUGCUCAGGGAUUUCUGGCCAAUCAGAAGCGGGCUGAAAACCUGAAGGAUACGUCUGUGCUGCCUGAUUUGUGUCUGAGUCACACCAACCAGCUGAUGAUCAUGCUGAACAACCACAGGAAGCUGCUUGACAUUAAAAAGAAGUGCACCACUGCCAAACAAGAACUUGCAAACAACCUUCAAGUCCGACUUAAAUGGUGCUGCUACGUGAUGCUUCAUGCGGACCAGGAUGGGGAGAAGCUUCAGGCUCUACUCAGACUUCUGACGGAGCUAAUAGAAAGAGUGAGGGUGGUAGAUGCCCUCAGCACUGUGCCCCAGAUGUACUGCUUGGCGGUGGUUGAAGUCGUCCGGCGGAAAAUGUUCAUGCGCCACUACAGAGAGUGGGCUUACGCGCUCGUGAAGGACGGGAAACGACUGUACGAGGCGGAGAAGUUCAAAAGAGAAUCCUUUGGUAAACUCUUCAGGAAGUCUUUCCUCAGGAAUCGUUUGUUUAGAGGACUCGAUUCAUGGCCUCCAACAUCGUUUUGUACACGAAAGCCCAGAAGGUUUGACGACGAGCUUCCCGACAUCUCCCUUGACGACCUGCAGUACUUGAAAUCUUGUUGUCCUCUAGAGGUGCAGCCGUUCCUGAUGGUUCCCACGAUGUGUGACUUCGAGCCCUUAAAUCGCCACGUAGAGACGCUUCACAGGCUGGUCCAAGCGGCACAGAGUGUGGACGAGAUGUCUCAAACUAUUACUGAGCUGCUAAGUGAACAACGGAUAUCCUUUAGUCAGAGAUCCAGCAUGUUGACCCCACAGUCUGGAAGCGUACCUGGGACCACGACGCCGAGGUCCUCCAAAACCCCGUCCUCCCUGAGCCUGCAGGGGCCCAGCUGCCAGCCACUGCUUGUUCCCGUCCCAGCACCGCUAGAGGACCUAUCCCCAGACAGCAUCGACGCGCAAACAUUUGACUUUGAAACGAUCGGCCACCCCAACAUGGACCCAGUCCUGCAGCAGGGCUCCCUCGACUUGGAUUCUCUAGCAGAGAGCCCCGAGUCCGACUUCAUGUCUGCUGUCAACGAGUUUGUGAUCGAAGAGAACUUGACCUCUCCGAACCCCAUCAGUGACCCCGUUAGCCCUGAGAUGAUGGUGGAGUCGCUGUAUUCGUCGGUCAUUAACGCCAUUGACAACAAGCGCAUGCAGGACACCACGAUACUCGAGAGGGAGAACUCGAGGAUCACUGUGCUAAAACAAGUGAUCGAGAAGUACCGAUCUGCUGCAGAGGAGUCCCAUUCGAACUUCAGAAGCGUGAAGGACGAUCUCCAUCACUUGAGAGGCAUGGUUUUAAAAGAACAGCACGACUUUGGCUUUGUUUUGAGAAAUUUGACCACGGAGGUGAGCAACAUUGUGGACAGCAUCUGCCAAACCCAGAAACUGGAACUGAAGGAGCAGCAUCAAAGUGAGCUUCUCUCCCUUCGGCAGGAGCUUGAGAAGCAGGUUCAGACACUGACGGAGGAAAACCAAGUGAACCAGAAUAUCGUUCGGGACGUCCAGCGCGCAAUGCUGGAGCUGGAGGGACUCAUGGAGCGCAAAGAGAAAGAGCUCACUCAGCUCGAGAGUGAGAAAGAGCGAUGUGCCCAAACGGAGGGUAACCAGACGGAGAGGAUCAAAAGCCUCGAGCAGAUGAUGAGCGAUCAAACCGAGGAGAUCAAGACCCUCUCGACUUCAAGAGACUCCCUGACCAGCCAGCUUGAAAAUCUCCACUUUGAGAUCGAACGUAGCCAGCAGAAGAUCCGGCAGGAGUUGGAAGAUGUCGAGCGGUCUCACUUAAAAGAGAUGGAGGACAAAAUGAAGCGAGAGCACACGGCGAAUCUGGAGACCCUCGCCAAGGUCAACCAGGAGGCUCUGGAACACCUGGCGGCCGAAAACAGUGCAACGUCAAGCGAGGCGGCUGAACGCCACGCCGCUGCACUCCAAGAGAAGGAAAACCACACGAAGGACCUGGAGGCUCGGGUUACCGAGCUCGCAGAACUCCGCUGCAAAGUGGAGGUGGAGUUGGCCUUCAAAGAGUCCGAGACGGAAGAGUUGAGGCUCUUAUUUGAGGAGGCCAAGGCGCAGCAGGCCGAGACCGUGAAGGCCCAGGUCGAGGCCGCGACCGAAGUCCUGAGCGAAGAGCUGGCCGACGUCAAAAAACAGCUUCAUGUCAAAAACGAGGAGUAUGAAGUGGACCUCGCGGAGCUGAGGAGUCUCAUGAGGCUCGAGAAGGACCACUGCAUCUCGGAGCUGGUGGACGCGCACGAGGACGAGGCCAUCUUGUUACGGAACGAGCUCAUCUCCCUGCAGCGGCAGGUCCGGGAGGCCGAUGAGAACCACGCCGAGCAGCAGCAGAAGCUUGAGCAAGCGGGGGCCCUGAACGAAGAAAAAGAAGAGCGCUUCCGGAGUUUCCAGGAACUGGAGCAAGAAUUGAGGACUGCUAUCGACGAUUUGCAGGCAGACAACGACCUGCUCUCCAAAAAGAUAGAGCAGGACAGACAGGCAACCGAGACAGAUUUAGGAAAAGAGUUGACCUCCAAAGUUGCGUCGCCAGAUGCUUUGAACGAGUUGGAGCAGCAGAAGAAGGACAUGGAGAAGAGGCUGCUCGACAAAAUUAGACAACUUGAGGAUGAGCUCCACGGGCGACGAUCCUCAAAAAGUGACGAAGGGUUGCCGCUGCACGCCGAGGGCCGCGCAGACGCCGGAGCGCCUCUGUCUCUGGACUCGGCGCUGCAGGAGCGGCUGCAGCAGGAGAGGGCCUGCCUGCAGUCCCAGAUGGACCUCCUGGAGAAGAAGAAGAACGAGGAGAUGCAGAACCUCAAGACGUCGCUAAUCGCGGAGCAGCAGACUAAUUUCAACACUGUUCUGACCCGAGAGAAGCUGAAGAAAGAGCAGAUCAUCAAUGAGCUGACGGAGAAGUGGCGGACAGUUACCCAGCAGCAGGAGAAGGACAAAGCUCUGAUCGAGACGCUCUCCGAGGACCGAGCCAGCGUCAUGCAGGAGAAGAAGCACCUGGAGGAGGAGCUGAACCGCCUGCGCGGCGCCGCGCUGGUGUCGUCCGCCUUCUUCUCGCCUCGCCCGUCGUCGGGUCGGGAGACGUCAGAAGCCGGAGCGCCGCCGGUCGCCGGGGCCUUUUCCUGCGAGCCCGAAGCCGACCGACUGGCCUCUGUGGCGGCCAUUCCCGACGACGAGCAGGUGGAUUCAGCUGCGGAGGCCAGCAUGGUGACGGUCCAUGACAUCGUCCUGAUGUCCGAGGAGAAGCAGCGGAUCCUCUUGCUCGAGAGGACUUUACACAUGAAGGAAGAAGAAAACAAGCGCCUCAGUCAAAGACUGAUGUCUCAGAGCAUGUCGUCUGUGUCGUCACGGCACUCGGACAAGAUCGCCAUCAGAGAUUUCCAGGUAGGCGAUUUGGUUCUUAUCAUCCUGGAUGAACGGCACGACAACUACGUGCUGUUCACGGUGGGUCCGACCCUCUACUUCCUGCACUCGGAGUCUCUCACCGCUCUGGACCUCAAACCAGCAACGGGGACCUCAAGACGGCCGUGGGUACUUGGAAAGGUGAUGGAGAAGGAAUAUUGCCAGGCGAAAAAGGCGCAGAACAGGUUCAAGGUUCCUCUGGGAACCAAGUUCUACCGAGUGAAAGCUGUUCCAUGGAACAGAAAAGUAUAACGGCCAAGUAAUGAGCUAAAUAUGUAUAUUUAUAUCGCUUAAUCUUUGAACGGGAACCUUCGCAUCAUAAUUCAUAACUUGAGAAUCGAAAAAAUAAGACCGUAACAAUGUAAAGAAUUUUAAAAUAGUCGUCGUGCUAUUUUUGGUUCAAUAUCCCCCACCUGCUAUCACAUUUUUUGUUUUCUUUUAAACCCAGAUAAGUUAUUGUGGACCAAAUGCUAUUAACUUUAUUAGGGCACUGCUCUAAACACUGGCAUUAUUCUAUCUGACCUGUGUGUAAAAUUGAACAAAAUUUGGAUGUUAAAUAUUAGUUCUCACUAUCAGCAUUUGUCCUCUUGUGGAAAAAUACUGUGUCAUUAUCAACAUAAUUACAUUAAAAAAAAAAAAAUACAUUUAUUAUAAAUGUUUAUGGAGGAAUGUUCGCGGCAUGCAUAUUGAUAUAUUUUCUUUUGAUUUCACUUAUCCAGAUAAAUGUCGUAGUUGGAAACGUAGUUAAUGCUGUUUGUCACUCACAAAGCAGUGUGGCCCUCCGUCAAUACUGAAAUGUACAUUAUGGCCGACUUAUGGAAAACGGUCUUCUUCUGCAAUCCUUGAAAUGCACUUUCAAAAAAAAAAACUAGAAAUAAAAAAAAAAAAAACUACGCUUUUUUUUUUUUUUUUUUUGAUUUUGGAAAAAGGGAAGUUUUAAUCAGACCUGAGUGAAUAUAUCGGCGCAGACUUCUCACUAUCGUAGAAUAUUGAUACGUAGAAAGGAAAAACUUUGUGACUGUGUUUCAUUUAUCGGACGACAUUGUACAUUACCCAUCAAAAUCACACAUGUAACAAGACAUGACUGUAUUGUAAAAGAUAGAGUUUUGGAAAACAAUAAAGGAUUGAUCCCAAA